CUUCAAUCUUGGCAAGACCUCGAAGACUUCAACUCCCAGAAUCCCCCAGCCAGAGUUGACGUUUUGAGACCAUUCAGUGACCAUAGAGAGGGCUCCUCCAGAAGAUGUCACAAGGGGACCCGGGCACCCGGAGGGCGGAGGAAAACUCUUCCCGCGUCAUUCUUGCCGUGUUUCUCGCGCUGCUUAUUGACCUGCUGGGCUUCACCCUGAUUUUGCCCCUCCUGCCCUCCAUCCUGGAUCAUUUCAGCAAGAAUGACGAUGGACUCUACGGGAGGGUGCAAGCCGGCGUGGACUGGUUCAGUGGCAGCCUUGGCAUUCCACCAGAAAGGAAGUACAACAGUGUCUUGUUUGGAGGUUUCAUCGGUUCUCUGUUUUCUCUGCUUCAAUUUCUGGCCUCACCACUCACCGGAGCUGCCUCGGAUUCCUUCGGGAGGCGACCGGCCCUGCUGGUCACGGCGCUCGGCCUGGUGGCCUCCUAUUCUCUCUGGGCCAUUUCUGGGAGUUUCGAGCUCUUCCUUUGCUCCAGGAUCCUUGGCGGGAUCAGUAAAGGGAACGUCAGCCUUUGCACGGCCGUCAUAGCGGACCUGCCGUGCCCGAAAGCUCGGAGCAGAGGCAUGGCAAUGAUUGGGCUGGCUUUCUCCCUGGGCUUCACCCUUGGGCCAAUGCUGGGUGCCUUCCUUGCUCUGGAGACGGAGAAGGACCAAGUCUUCUACACAAGAGCCGCCAUCUUUGCCACCAUCUUUGCUGUGGCUGAUUUCCUGUUCAUCCUCACCUGCUUGCCAGAGACGCUCCCAAAGGAAAAACGG